AAGAAAUUAUCAAGGACUGGAAAGCUAAAGGAAAAUGGAAAACAAAACCAAGUUCCAAUCGCUUGUUGUAGGCGUUGAAGAAGAUCAUGAAUCCGAAAAAACGACAGUGGCUGCUGCCCCUCUUCUUACUCCUUACAAGAUGGGAAAGUUCAAUCUUUCACAUAGAAUUGUUUUGGCGCCAUUGACACGAGAGAGGUCGUUCGACAACCUUCCUCAGCCACACGCUAUCUUAUACUAUUCACAGAGAGCCUCUAAAGGAGGUCUUCUCAUUGCUGAAGCAACUGGAAUUUCCGACACUUCUCUAGGGUUCCCACAUGUCCCUGGGAUAUGGACAAAAGAGCAAGUUGAAGCAUGGAAACCUAUUGUAGAUGCUGUUCAUGCUAAAGGUGGUAUCUUCUUCUGUCAGAUUUGGCAUAUGGGAAGGUCUUCCAAUACAGAUUUUCAACCAAAUGGUCAAGCUCCUAUCUCGUCCACGGACAAGCCAAUAAGCGCGGAGCUACACAGCGAUGUCAUUGAGCUGCCAAAAUUCACACCUCCUAGGCGGCUAAGAACAGAAGAAAUCCCUCUCGUUGUCAAUGAUUUUAGGAUAGCCGCAAGAAACGCUAUUGAAGCUGGUUUUGAUGGAGUUGAGAUCCAUGGAGCUCAUGGCUACCUAAUUGAUCAAUUUCUUAAAGAUCAAGUAAACGACCGAAAGGACAAAUAUGGUGGGUCCUUGGAGAACCGUUGUCGCUUUGCACUUGAAGUUGUUGAAGCCAUUGUGAACGAGAUAGGGGCAGAUAGAGUUGGAAUAAGACUAUCUCCAUUUGCCGAGUUCAACGAUGCGAAAGACACUAAUCCGGAAGAGCUAGGGCUUUACAUGGCGAAAUCCUUGAACAAGUAUGGGAUCCUCUACUGCCACAUGGUCGAGCCAAGGAUGACGAUGACUCUAGAUGUAAGCAAGACCGACCUUAGUCUUGUGCCAAUGAGGAAGGCUUUCAAAGGUACCUUCAUUGUUGCGGGAGGUUACACCAGAGAUGACGGGAACAAAGCAGUUGCUGAAAAUCACGCUGAUCUCAUUGCUUAUGGACGUUUGUUCUUGGCUAAUCCGGAUUUACCAAAGAGAUUUGAGCUUGAUGCGCCUCUAAAUAAGUAUAAUAGAAACACAUUUUAUACACCAGAUCCUAUCAUCGGUUACACUGAUUACCCAUUUCUCACGAACACUAUCUAAGUACUUGAUAGUUGGUGCGUAUAAUGUGUAAGGUCCUUGAGGGAGGAUUUAUUUUAAAUUGUACUUUUUUUCGUUUUAUAAAAUUAUUCUAUUGUAAGAUUUAUAUUUCAUUAUGGCUUUCAGUUAAAAAUCAAU